UGGGCCGCGCGUCACGUGAGGCGGCGGUCACGUGAGCGCCGGGCGGAAGAGCCCGCGAUGGCCGGGGGGUGCCGCUGAGACCGGGAGCGGCGCGCGGCAGGCACGAUGUCCAGCCGCAGGCUGCGCAGCGAGGACUACAACGACUACAGCUCCACAGACGUGACGCCCGAAGGGAGCCCCUCCAACGGCCCCAAUAGCUGCGCCGGCUCCUCGACCUACCAGCGCUUCGGGGAGACCAAUGGCACAACAUCGUUCCAAACCUUGAUCCACGUGCUGAAGGGGAACAUUGGCACAGGGCUGCUGGGGCUGCCCCUGGCUAUAAAGAAUGCCGGCAUUGUGAUGGGUCCCGUGAGCCUGCUUGUGAUAGGAAUCAUCGCCGUCCAUUGCAUGCGCAUCCUGGUGAAGUGCGCCCACCACUUCUGCCGCAAGCUGCAGAAGCCUUUUGUUGACUAUGGGGAUGCCGUGAUGUAUGGGCUGGAAGCUUCCCCCGUUGCGUGGCUUCGGACCCACUCCAUCUGGGGCAGGCACCUUGUGAGCUUCUUCUUGAUCGUCACCCAGCUGGGCUUCUGCUGCGUGUACUUCGUGUUCCUGGCUGACAAUCUGAAACAGGUGAUCUCUGCUGCCAACGGCACCACCAAUGACUGCCACUCCAACGAAACCGUGGUGCUGACACCCACCAUGGACUCCCGCCUGUACAUCCUGUCCUUGCUGCCCUUCAUUGUGCUCCUGGUCUUCAUCCGCAACCUCAAGUUCCUCUCCAUCUUCUCCUUGCUGGCCAACAUAGCCAUGCUGGUCAGCCUCGUCAUGAUCUAUCAGUACAUCGUCCAGGGCAUUCCAGAUCCCGGCCGCCUGCCCUUGGUCUCUGGCUGGAAGACCUACCCUCUGUUUUUCGGCACUGCCAUCUUUGCCUUCGAGGGCAUCGGCGUGGUGCUGCCCCUCGAAAACAAAAUGAAGAACCCGCAGCACUUCCCCGUGAUCCUCUACGUGGGGAUGGCCAUCGUCUCUGUCCUGUACAUCAGCCUGGGGGCCCUGGGCUACCUGCGGUUCGGAGCCAACAUCCAGGCCAGCAUCACCCUCAACCUGCCCAACUGCUGGAUGUACCAGUCUGUCAAGCUGCUCUACUCCUUUGGCAUCUUCUUCACCUACGCACUGCAAUUCUACGUCCCCGCCGAGAUCAUCAUCCCCUGUGCCAGAUCCCGUGUGCCGGAGCGCUGGGCGCUGGCGGUCGACCUUCUCCUGCGGACGUUCCUUGUCUGCGUAACCUGUGUGCUGGCCAUCCUGAUCCCCCGCCUGGACAUCGUCAUCUCUCUGGUGGGCUCCGUGAGCAGCAGCGCGCUGGCCCUCAUCAUCCCGCCGCUCCUGGAGAUCUUCACGUACUUCCAGGAGGGCCUCCACCCUGUCACCAUCGCCAAGGACAUCCUCAUCAGCCUCAUCGGCUUCGUGGGCUUCGUGGUGGGGACCUACGAGGCACUCGAGGCCCUGGUCACGAACCCCGUGUCCCCGUCCCCUGUGUCCAAUGCCACCGGUGCCUUGGUGCUGUGAUUUGAGCCGGCAGCACAGCGCAGGACAGGGGACGGGUCCCCGCUGCGGGAGCUGCCAUCGCCCUCCUUUUUGUAGACACGUUUCUCCAGUGAAAGCAAGACCCUGAUCCCAAUCCUGUUCCCCUCCCUUAGCUCGCAGUCCUUCUCGCAGGGUCUCCUUGCCUGGGCCCGGCGGGGUGCUGUUGAGCUGCCGUUGUCUCUUGGGCAGGGAGGCAGUGCCUUUCUUUACACUUGAAGGGCCUUUUUCCUGGCACACCUGACACACGCAAGUGCCAAAGGGGUCUUGUGUGAUGUGAUCCCAGGCCUUUUCUUCCCAGGAGCAAACAUUGGACAAUCUUUUUCUUAGGUGCCAGCUUUUUUUCCCCCUCCAGCCUGUCGGGUGAUAGCAACAGAGAAGAGACCUCUUGGUCCCUGCUCCAUCCUUCUGGAGAAGGUGGAGGCUGCUGAGGCCUGGGGAGAAGAGUAGGGAAGCUACCCAAGGAGAGGGCAUGACUUGUAUUAGUGGACAGCCCCUGCCUCGCUACUGUUUGCUGUAGGCCAGCAGGCCUCGGUGAGCAAUGUGUCCCUUGAUUAAGGUCAAGGAGUCAAGCAUUUGGGCAUUAGUUGGCAUGGCUUGUCCAAUGCCAUGUGCACUUCUUCUGAGGCACUUCUCAUAGGAGACUCCUGCCUGUCUAGGGGAAGAUGCUGGGGUCUGUGGGGAGACCUGGGUAUAGCUGCUGCUUGGGCACUUUGUGUAAUGGUGACUGGCUUUUAGAAUAUAUUCUUGGGGGGGAGCUUUAUUGGAAGCACUGAGGCUUACAUGCUGUAGGUUGGGGUGGGGGGUCUGGUGCUGGACGUCUGAUCCAGUUGUCUGUCUCUUGAAGGGGGCAUGGUCUCUGCUCUUCCCAGGGAUGUCUGCAGCGUUUCCUUGGGGCUGGCUGCCUCUGGGGUACCUCUCAUUGCACUACACUGCUCUUUGCUGCUAGGGAACAUCUGGUUUGCAGCUGUGCCGGCCUGGCUGCCUACCUCGUAGUAAGUUUUCAGUAGAUGUCUGGGACCACGAAUGAUGAAAGCAGGAGCGAAAGACACUAAACCAGGCCUGCGCUCUUCCUUUUCCUGUUUCUAGCUCCUGUUCUCUACCUAGUGUCAAGGGCUGUGGGUAGGAAGAAUGCUUCUGCCUUAUCAGCUUAGUUUGAUCCAGGAGGAAGAGCUGUCUCUUGGCCUCUACCUUUGCAUGGUACCACUAGACUUAAGAUUGCACUGAGCCCUUGCAAGCUGUCACAGCUGUCGUACCUCAGUAAGGCACGGUCCCCACGCUGUACUGCAGCCCCUGGUCACAACACAGCGUGGCUGACCCGGGAGUAGAAGUCGGUGAUUGUCGUUGAGCCGGGCGUGGGAAGUAUAAACUCCCCUUGUUCUGGCUAGCGGUCGGAGGAAGGAUAACCGUGUUCAGAACAAAGAGGGUUUUAAAGCAACCUGGUAGAAACAAAGCGGUUUCCCCACCCUUCGGCGCACAGCAAGCAAGGGCCGCUGCGUGAUGACUACAAUUCAGGUUCUUGCUGUCCUUGGCUAACUCCAGAGCUGAACUACCAGGCAGAAGAGUGAGCAGAGUUUGCAAAUCUUGAGCUGACCUGGCUCAGACCAGUGCUGGCCAAAUCCCCUUGAAUCUCGAGUUGAUGCUGCUGUCUUGGGAAUCAAAACCCAGAGCAGCUUAGCACAUGCCUCUGGUUCUGGCAGCCCCGGGAGAUUUGGGGCUGUGUCCAGAACCAGCCAAGGCCUCUGAGCUGUAGGCCUAGUGCAAUAAUGGUGAUAUAUUGGUGAAGGUGCAAUGGCGAGUGUAGCAUUAGGUUGGGACUGGAGUAGAGGGGCUGAGGGGAGAUGAAGUCAUGUUACUGUUGGGUAGUUAGCUGGAUGGAGUUUCACAGGCUUCUGCCCCUCUUUUUGGGCCCAGAAAAUGGGGUCCUUUGUACUUGGUGCACAGGGCAUUAUGAGGGGACACGGCCUUCCUUGUACUGUAUGAAGAGGCCACUUGUGGUUUUGCUUUCUGAACUCAUUCUUCAUCCUCCCGCAGCCAGGAGCAGCUUCUAGGCAGCCAUGCUGGGAAGCAGCUCUUGCCUGAGUCCCUCUGACCCCUCUCUCCUACUUGGUUAGCGAUGCAGAAACACUUAUAGGCACGGGGUGGGGGGUGUUUGGGGAUGAUUUGGGUUGCUUUGUCAGCCCCGUUUCUCCAUCUGCAGCUGGGAUUCUCCUUGGGGAGACGAACUCCCUCUCUGCGAGAUGCUGCGUUCUUAGCUCCAGCUGGAGAUGGAGCAGAGGACCACGGUGUCGGUAUCUCUGCAGCUUCGGGGCUGGGCUGGGAACCUGCUGGUGCUUCCAGCCACAGAGCAUCUUCUCAGAUGGCCCUCCUGACACCGAUAGUUUCUAUCGGCUCCCAGUGCAGCUGAUAGAAGCGCUGCAAAGGUCCAUCUGGUACGACAGCCCUGUUUUCUCCAAGCCUGGUACUAGCUGCAAGUUGUUUUAGCACUUGGCAGGCCCCGUUCCCUUCUUCCCACAGAGGAGCUGCAGCACUCCCGGCUCUUCAGACUUGGAGCCGAGACCCACCGAGCAGCUCUUCACAUGCCGGGGAUGCAGCCUCCCUCCCAGCGGCCCCGUCGCUGCUGAGAAAUGAAGCACUUCUGGAGUACAUGUCUGUUCCUAAAACCCUCCACGGCCAUGUGCUCAGGUCUCCUGGCUCCCUGCAAGCUCUUCAGGCCAGUCAUGUAGCAGCAGAGCUUUUGAAGCUGCAGGGAGCUUGCUUUUCCUCCCAUUUCUUUGCACCACUCAGGGGUCCAGCAGGCACGAAACAAACUGCAUCCAAACCCUCCUGGCGAGGGGUGUGACAACCAAGCAGCUGACGGGAGUUCGGGAUAUUUAUUUAGUGCUAGUUGGACUCCUUUAAAGACCAAGGCCCUGAUGCAAGUUGCAAGUGAGAUGGAGGAAGCACUAGGCACGAAGCUGGUCUUUGCAUGCCGUGUAGGGAACGAGAGCAAUAUGCAAGGUGACUGCUGGAUGUGGGGUACUUGAGAAUCUCACCUGCCCGGUCUUUGAGAUCCAACUUCAGAGCUUGGCCUUGUCGUUUCGGAGCUGGGCUGAAAUUCGUUGUGGGUCUUCGAGAUCCUGGUGUGGGAAGAUGCCUGGUGGAAGGCUGGCAGUGAUUUGAAGGCCUCUGCCUACUGCCUUCCAGAACUGCCCACAAUCUCCGUGCUAGCUGGUGCACAAGGAUUUCCACUGUUGCUACCCGCAUCCAUCCCACAUGGCUCUUGGUAUCCAGGCCGUCCUGACUAGCAACCCCGCUGCUGCAUGUGGGAUCUACUCCUUGCUGUUUAAAGAGGCAGGUGUGAAAGACUGGGUCUUCUGCGUUGUUGCACAUGAUGUGAAGUCCUUUUCCCUUUCAAAAGCUAUUGCAAAGGGCAGCCCCAAGCUGUGCUGGUGCUGUUUGGGCUUGAGAUGUAGCUCCUUGACCACCCUGGCACAGAUCCUGACUCUGAAGGGCAUAGAUCGACUUGCUCCGUGAGCAUCAGCACUUUGCUGCCCGCUCAGAAGUGCAGGAUAAAUAAUGUCUCGCCUCUACCGACUGCCGUGGGCGGCAGGUCGUGAUGGGAGGGACAUUGCAGAGGGGGCCAUAACUACAGCUGGUCUUGUUUCACAGACCCCUCGUGCUGCUCAGAUGUGGGUCUUAUUUCUUCCCACUCUCUUCACUGGAAAUAUUGUUUGGGUGCCGCGAGAAUGGGAAUGGGAGGGAGGUUUUGUGGGGGAGAGCCCUUGUGACAUGCACAUCUAAUGCAAGUAGCUCCACUCCAAGGCAGGGAGUUCGUCUGGAUUUGGAGCACUUCACUUGUCCCGGCAGCUGGCCGGGCUCCUUGAAUGUAAUCAAUGCCAAAGCCCUCGGUUGAGUGAGGAGCUUCAUUCUCCCUAUCCCAACAGCGUUGAAGUGCUUAAAACGUAGGGCUUGUUUACUGUAUUUAAAGGCCAGCCCAACCUUCCUGGCCCCGUUUCCCCCUCCCCGGGAUGCAGUUGUCCAGGGAACGACUGCACAGUUGCAAAGUGGAGUUUUACCUGCUCUGGCCAAAGAUCCUCGGCGCUGACCUCGGACCAGGUGAGCAGGGACACGUACCGCUCCUGUAUUGCCAGUAGCCAAGGAAAACGUUGGCGUAUAUAGACACGGUUUGAUGUAUGUGCUUUUGUGCCUCUAUAUAUAGCACUGUACAGUCUGCAUAGCCGCCUGGUGAAAGAAGUUUUGUCUGUUUGGUGAAUCAUGUACUUGCAAUUAUUCCAGUCAAUAAAACAAGUUUUAUUUUGUAUUUUA